AGCAGUGGUGAAAGCGCAGCUAGUUGACUUUCAACAGCUGACCGGGGAGUAGAAGUGCUGCGACGCACUUUAAUGGCUUGUUAGACACGUUGUACCUAAUUUACUUUAACAAAAGAUAUGAAUUUCGUCAAAUCUCGCCUUUCCAUUGACAACUUUAUAGGUCAGAGGUGCAGACAGGUCACUGAAACAUGGAGCCACAGAGGGAUGUGCAGUAAACCACAGGAGACCAAAGCAGAUCCUCUGCCUGCAGCCCCGGCACAUGCAACUCGUGCCGGGUUCAGAAUCCCAGGCUGCAGACCCUCAGAGCUAGACAAGAAGAUUUUGGUCUGGUCAGGACGCUUUAAGACACCAGACCUGAUACCAGAGCUUGUGUCAUUUGAGAUGAUUGAUGCUGCCAGAAACAAAGUCAGAGUGAAAGCCUGCUAUGUGAUGAUGGGGGCCACAAUAGGGGCCUGUCUGUUGAUGGUCUUCCUGGGCAAACGGGCUGCAGGCAGGCAUGAGUCCCUGACAAGUCAAAACAUGGAGAAGAAAGCUAGGUGGAGGGAGGAACUACAAAAAGAGAAGGAAGCUGCUGUUGCCCUGGCUGACAAGGCUCAGUGAUAGAGGACAACUAGUCCCUACACAACCAUGUCAUUUUCCCCAAAUAUUGGGCCAGUAGUCUCACUGUAUGUAUCACGCCUUCAAAGCUCUCCACUCCCAUACUAGAGAGCCACUGAAAGACAUCAGUGCAGUUGAUACUUAGUAGUACCUUUUGCAACUUGACCUUAACACAAAACUAUGGAUUAUUUAAUAAUUUUGAAACCCAAUGUAAGGUUUUAUCUUUUCAAUGAAUAUAUUGAGGUUAUAAACUGGCAUCUGCUUUGGAGGAAACAGCACUAAAAGUGUUAGUCAGCAUUUGGUCACAAGGGGAGAGUGUAAACCCAAGCAUGACCUAAAGGGACAGUUCACCCCAAAAUCAAAAAUACAUAUUUUCCCUAUUGCCUUUUUUUUUUUAAUUAAUUUUUAAAUAUAUAAUGGAACUAUAUGACCCUCUGCUUGUGGUGCUCAAAGCGCCAAAAUAUACAUUUGAAAAACUCAAUGACUUUUUCUAGAAAUCACGACCCGGUUACUCAAGAUAAUCCACCGAUUUUGUUGUGAGCAGUUUCAUGUAGGAACUAUCGGUAGAAAGAAACGAGUUUCUACAUGAAACUACUCAAAACACAUCGGUGGAUUAUCUUGAGUAACCGGGUCAAAAACUCUUAUCUCCAAAACUCAGCAACUCACACCAUAAAUAGCACUACAGGUAAGAGGGAAAAUAUGUAUUUUUGAUUUUGGGUUGAACUGUCCCUUUAACCUGGUACUGUAAUGUAGAUUCUUCUGCAUUUACUACACAGCAAAAUAAUGACGUUCAGACAAGAAAUCUGUUAUCCUUCUGUGCUUCUAGUAAACCUUAAACACAUACUUCAUAUGCUCUCCAACAUAUAUGCCUUAGGUAGCCCUGUUUUUAAAUUUGCCUCAGAGGCAACAGUCUUUUGCAUUUAUCUGUCUUGUGAAGACAGUUCAGCCCGUGAAGGAUUUCAAAUAGUCUCCAGUUUUCUUAAGAGAACAUCAAGAAGUGGAUCUGGCAUGCAUCCAUCUGCACAAUGGUCAGUCCUGUCCUGAUACUAAUGUAAUUAGACUGGUUUGUUCAUGGCUGAUGUGACACGUCUAUGUUUGUAUAUAGUGAGCACCAAAAAAUAUCAAUAAAGUAAUUCUUCUUGAGAA